AUGAACAAGCAGGACCCCGCCGAGUCGUUCUUCGAGAUGGAGAAGCAGCGUCUCAUUGGCGAGAUCAACUCGGACGUGCUCUCGCACACGAACGCUCUGAACCGCAAGCUUGAGGAAGUCGACGGCGUAGGCAAGGAGUUCAACACUGUCGCCGAGCUUUGGUCCUCUUUUCUCGGCAUCGUGAACGACAAGGCUAACGAAUCAUACGAAGCCGCUGUCCCCGGCACGGGAACUACCAACUUCGGUGCCAGCACGCAGCGAUAA